UAUCAAAUUAUUUUUAUCUUAAUUGCAAUUUUAUUUCUAGCAUCUAAGUACUUUGUAUUCACUUCUCAAACAUAUCCUGAUCCACGAAUUGACGCAUACAGUUGCAGGGUUGCAACUGUAGGAGCAGUGUGUGAUCCAGCUGAGUUAAUUGUCCCUAAAGAAAGAGAAGCACUUGCUGCUCGAAUUAAACAACUAAUGUCAUAUGCAGCCACAGUUCCAAACACAUCUCCUGCAUGUCAAUUACUUCCCGAUAAAAGUCUUGAUAUUAUUGUGGGAGUAAUUGAUAAGAUCGGCACAGUACCUAUUGCUCCAGUUGAUAUUGAAAAAUUUACAAACAAUCUUAAAAGUCGGUAUCAGCAUUAUCAGGAUGCAAGUUUAUGCGAUACGAUGGUACUUAUUGUAAAUUCAAAAAGCGAUCGACAAGUAUUUACGGUAGCUGGGAAAGAUACAAAAUUAACGAAAGAAAUCUUGAAAUCUGCUUUUGAACAAAAUAUCAAUUAUUUCAGAGCUAAUAAUUUUGCCGCUGGUCUUCAAGGUAUAGCAGAAUUUGUAACGAAAUCUUAUCGAGAUGCACAUUUGCCUCGAAUUGACACAAGAUUACCAGUACCGAUAUUUCCUGAAAGGCCUAUCAAAAAAUGUGGGAAGAAUCCACCACAAUUGGUUCACUAUGUUCAAGCAGUUGUUGAAGAAGCGAUGUCAUUUUCUCUAAGACUCAUAUCUGACCAGCGAUAUUCCACAAUUGAGGAAGAUGCUCAAGGAAUGAAAGAUGAUCCGGAUGGUAGAGUACGUGCGUGGAACAAGGCUAAGGUCAAUUUCAUUGAUCAGCUUUACCAAAAGUAUUACCGAACAAUUCGAAGCAAGGCUGGUCACAAAUGUCCUGCAAGACCCCAUCAACGAUUGACUUAG